AUGACUAACCCAAAUACUGAAAACCAAAAUAAUGUCAAGACCAACAAAAACAAAAUAGCCAGGAUUGACGUUGAUGGGUUAUUAAAAUUAAACAAAGACAUGCUAUCCCCCUUGAUUCAAGAAACUGACACUAUCUUACAGCAUUUAAGAUCCAAAUUAAAUAAAGAUCAAAAGCUCUUGGCCACUUUGAUCAACCAAGUUAAUCAACUUCUAUCCCAAUCUGGAGCAAUUAACCCUGACGUCCUAGAACAUUGUAAGAAAAUUAACAAGUUGAUAAUAAUUUUGGAAAAUAGACUGAAAAAAUAUACUCAAGAUUAUAAAAACACUGUUAGUGAGCUAAGAACUAUUUUAGAUUUUUUCCGCAGAUUAGAAACUGCACAAAAAAACGCAAAUCUUCCUAAAAUGUACCAAUGGAUUGGUGAUUAUACAACUUACCUAUGUGUCGAGAAUUUAAUUAAAAAAAAUAUAAUUGAUGUGGAUGAUCCCAUUAUUGAAGAAUUGAAUGUUGAGCCAAGGUUCCCAUUAAAACAUUUGUUAAAGACUGGUGUUUUGCGCGAGUUUCAAACUAUUUCCUCAAAACUUAUAAAUGAUCACGAUCCAGAUCCGCUAUUGCAGUAUUUGAAGCGCGAAAAUGUUAAUAAUGAUGAGCCUGUUGUUAUUGAAUGUAAAAACUUAAAGUUUAUCCAAUAUAUUUUACAAAAUAAAUCCAAGGAUGCUAUUGAAUACUAUAGAACUAAUAUAAGUGAUUAUGCUGAAAAUUAUUUGGAGGAAACUAGAAUUUCAUCUUCCCUCUUUCUUUAUAUUAAUAGCAACCGCAAUCUUUUUGAUAAUUUUCCCAUUAGCGAAAACGACAAGCAAAGUAUUCAGCUGUACAGAGACCUUUUCCAUUCUGAUGAUGUCUCUAUGCUUGAUUUAUCAUUGCAGCCAAACAACACAAUGAUAUCAGCAUUAACUCAAGUAACACCUAACAACAGCAUUUACAAUACAGAUGAUUCCUUUAAAGCCUUAAUUGAAGCUUCAAAUGAUUCCAAAUGGAUUCAUUUGCACCAGAUGUUUAAAAAAUUAUAUUUUAAUAGAUCGUACUUGUCUUCGGAUGACACUUUUUUGAAGUUUGUAACUAUCGGCAUUUCAUCCAUGAAAACAAAAUCGUGUACCGAAUCUUAUGAUAUUACAAACGAAUUAAGAAAAUAUAUAAUCACCAAUUAUAAUGAUACAGAUGAUGAAACAAAUAAAAAGGCACUAGAAAAAUACGUAUUGAAUAAUGUUUUGACUGUUGAUUGUCCCACUUGUUCACCCGAAAUCCGUAAAAUAGAUACUAAUCUUCCAUACAGCCUGAAGACUGCCACCGAGUUAUUUGAUAACCCUGUAGUUUUGCCAAGUGGACUUGUAUAUGAUAAACAAAAGUUAAUCGCUUUGACCAAAAUACUAAAUGAACGUGGCCUAGUUAACACCGAUGAUGGUGCUCUGAAUAAUGUUGUUUAUGAUCCCCUAGCCGAGCAAACUGUUCUGAUUUCACAGCUAAAAACGAUAUAUCCAUUAUAA